AUGCCCUCGAAGGAGAAAAAAACACAGCAGUCACAAGAAACCGAAGAGGACGACGAUGACGGUAAGGAGAAGAAAUCAAAGUCGAGACGGAAAGCCAAGAUCAGCGUGACAGAUUGUGGCAGUAAAAAGAAGAAACAGAAAUCCAACGAGGACACAGAAUCAGUCAGCGAUGCGCCUGAUGUGAGAACGAGUGACCGAAGAGAGAAGAAGAAGAAGAAGAGCUCUAAACAGAAAGAUGAAGAGGAAGUGAACAGCAGCAGUGAAGAUGAAGGUGACCGAUACAAGAAGGGACGUAAAAGCCUUCCAGAUGUCGUUCAAGUGACGCCUGGUGCUAAAAAGAGGUCACGGGAGAAAGAGCCUGACGAGAACAUCAUGGGAUCCAAAGACAAGAAAUCUAAAGAGGAGGGGAAAAAAAAGAAGAAAGCGGAGAAAGAGGAAUCAGAGCAGGAGGAAAACGAUGACUCGCAGAAGAAGAAAAAGAAGAAGUCCAAGAAAGGGGCGACUGAAAGCGACGAUGAAGGGAAGAAAGGAAAAGGGAAGAAGAAGAAAUCAAAAAUAGUUGAUUAUGUUGAGAUCUAUGAGAAUGAACUGAAAAACUAUGAGCAUGAAAAAGUGGAGAACUACGAAGAUGAAUACCACAAGAAGAAAGUGUAUGAGGUGGUGACCAUCACUGGAGAUGUGAGUGGAGCGGGUACAGAUGCCAAUGUCUUCAUCACACUCUUUGGAGAAUAUGGCAUCACACCCAAGUUGCAUCUUGCCAGCAAGAAUCGAACAGCGUUUGAAAAAAACAAAACCGAUGUCUUCCGUAUAAAAACACACAAUGUUGGACCUUUAAAAAAAAUUAGGAUUGAACAUGAUAAUACGGGCCUGAACGCCAGCUGGUUUCUGGACCGGGUCAUCGUCACAGACAUGAACAGACCACAUUUACGUUUCUAUUUCGCUUGCAACAACUGGCUGAGCAGAAACGAGGGCGACGGCCUAUUUGUUCGCGACCUCCUCGGCACUCUCGACCCCAUGGACAUGCCCAAAUAUAAUAAAUACGUUGUGAGUGUUUUCACGGCAGAUGUGAAAGGCAGUGGGACAGACGCUGAUGUCUUCCUCAAUAUAUUUGGGGAAAAUGGUGAUACAGGAGAGAGACGUUUAGACAAUGAUAAAAACAACUUUGAGAGAGGAUCAGAAGAUAAAUUCACCAUAGAGGCGCCAAAUCUAGGACGAGUGAGAAAAAUCACAAUUGGACACAAUAACAAAGGCUCUUCGGCUGGAUGGUUUGUAGAAAAGGUGAUUGUGGAUGAUUUGGGAAACAAGAGUGUGUAUGAGUUCCCAAUCAACCGGUGGUUUGCCAUCGAUGAAGAUGAUGGAAAAAUACAGAGAGAUAGUUUGGUUGGAGGGAGUCAACCAACUGGUAUUGUGUAUAAUGUUCAGGUGGUGACUGGGAAUGUCAGAGGUGCUGGUACCAACUCCAAAAUCCAGGCAACCCUGCACGGUUCUAAAGGCAUAAAGAACAGCGGGAAGGUCUUCCUGGAGGGAGGAAAGUUUGAGCGCGGUCUCACCGACAUCUUUAACGUGGAGCUCGCAGCUCUGCUCAGUCCUUUGAGUCGAGUGACGAUCGGUCAUGAUAAUGGAGGAGUCAGUGCUGGCUGGUACUGUGAGAAGGUGGUCGUGUUUUGUCCGUUCACUGGAAUCGAGCAGACGUUCCCCUGCUCCAAAUGGCUGGAUGAGAAUGAAGGCGAUGGAAUAAUCGAGAGGGAACUGUACGAGAUGGUCUCACUGAGACAGAGGAGACAAAAGAAGCAUCCCUGGUCUCUCUGGAUCUGGACGUCGGAUAUUUCUGGAUCAGGAACCGACGCGUCUAUCUUACUGCAGAUAUACGGAGAAAAGGGAAAGUCUGAUGAGAUGAGACUCGAAAAUAAAACCGAUAACUUUGAGCAGGGCCAGCUCGAUAAGUUCAUGGUUGAACUACCAGAUCUCGGGAAACUGACAAAACUGAGAAUUUGGCACGAGAAGAGAAAUCCGUUCGCUGGCUGGCAUUUAAGUCGAAUCUCCAUAAUGAAAACGUUAACAAAGGAAAUGUAUAAAUUCCCAUGUGAGCGCUGGUUGGACACUAAUGAAGAUGAUAACGAGGUGGUGCGAGAACUUACAGCUACAGGAGAACUGAUUACAGAACCUCUGCCAGUUAUAAAGUAUCGAGUGACCGUCUACACGGGGAGCAUGGGUGGCAGUGGGACUGACGCUUCUGUCUUUCUGUGUCUGAUCGGUGACCGUGGCGACACUGGCGACCGUGUCCUAGUCAACUGCAAGAACAACGUUAACAAGUUUGAGAAGGGGAACGCUGACGAGUUCAUUAUCGAGGCGGUGUGUAUCGGUCAGGUGCACAGGGUGAGAAUCGGUCAUGAUGGGCGGGGCGGAGGCUGCGGUUGGUUCCUAGAUAAAGUGUCCAUCAGAGAGGAGGGGCAAGCUGAGUCACAGGCUGUAGAAUUCCCAUGUGACAGAUGGCUCGACCGCAAUGAAGACGACGGCCAGAUUGUUCGUGAGCUGGUGCCAUUCGCAGAUGGACAAAGACUUUACAAUGUCAGCUAUCACAUCGCAGUGAAGACGGGGAAUGUCAGCGGAGGAAGUUCAGACUCUAAAGUGUUUGUGAAGUUGUACGGUGAGAAGGGAGACACCUGCAGAAUGAUGCUCGUGGUCUCUGACAACAACCUGCGUAAUUACUUUGAGACCGGACGGGUCGAUAUUUUCACCGUUGACACUUUUGAUAUUGGGCAGAUCAACCGGCUCAUGAUCGGUCACACUAAUGAGGGAAUGCGUGCCGGUUGGUUUCUGGACAGCGUUCAGAUCAUGGUGCCCAAUCAUGGCAGUCACUACAUGUUCCCCAGUCACCGCUGGCUGUGCAGAGAUGAGGCUGAUGGGAAAACUGAAGUGGAGAUUUACCCCAGUGAAAUACUCGAUGUGGAACAAUUAAUAAACUAUGAGGUUACCGUGGUAACGGGGGACAUCUGGGGGGGUGGCACGAACGCUAAUGUUUUCAUCCAGAUAUAUGGAGAUCAGGGAAAGUCUGAAGUCCUCGGUCUGGGGAGCAGGUCAAAUAAUUUUGAAAGAGGAACAACAGAGAUAUUCAAGGUUGAAGCUAAAGAUGUUGGAAAAAUCUUCAAGGUCCGUGUCGGUACUGACGGCGCGGGUAUCGGUUCUGGCUGGUUUCUGGACAGGGUGGAGAUCAAGCGCCUGAUGAUGGCCCUGGUGCCAAAAGAGAAGAAAGAAGAUAAAAAGAAAAAGAAGAAGAAAAAGAAAAAUGAGGAUGAUGAGGAGGGAGGUGAGGAAGAGAUGCGAGAGGUGGUGAUGACGUAUUUAUUUCCCUGCGAUCGCUGGCUGGCAUCUGAUGAAGAGGAUGGAGAGAUGGUGGUAGAACUUCUACCAGAAGGCAACGAAGAACUGGAGGAAAACACAUAUGAGGUCAACGUGUUCACAGGUAAUAUGAUGGGAGCUGGAACCGAUGCCAAUGUUUUCAUCAACAUCUAUGGCGAGAACGGAGACACCGGAGAGAGACCCCUGAGAAAAUCAAACCAUCUGAACAAAUUUGAGCGUGGACAGGAGGACAAUUUCUCCAUCACAGCAGUUGAACUGGGACCUCUGAAGAAACUGAGGAUUCGUCAUGACAACAGCCAACAGUCGGCCUGGUAUCUGGACCGGGUGGAAAUCGUGGACACUAAAGAUGACACCACGUAUUACUUCCCCUGUAAUCGCUGGCUGGCAGUUGAUGAAGAUGACGGUCAGAUCGCACGAGAGCUCGUUCCCGUGGAUGAGGCCUUCAUGAGGAAGGAUGAUGACGAGGAGGAGUCUGGGGCCACACUGGGCUUGGAGCAGAAAGCCAUGUCAACGACAUACACGAUGAGAAUCAAAACAGGAGAAAAGAAGCAUGCGGGAACAGACGCCAACGUCUUCGCCAUCCUAUAUGGAGAGAAUGACGACACAGGAAUCAUCAACCUGAAAGCCUCUAAAUCACAUAAAAACAAGUUUGAGAAGGGAAUGAUCGACGUAUUUACCGUGGAGGCCGUAGACCUCGGGGAACUUCAGAAACUGAGAAUUGGCCACGAUAACGCAGGAGGAUCGUCUGGUUGGUUUUUGGACUGGGUAGAGAUUGAUGCUCCGUCUCAGGGCCAGAGACUCCGGUUCCCAUGUGGCCGCUGGCUGGAUUCAGGAGAAGAUGAUGGAGCGAUGGUGAGAGAUCUGUAUCCUGCUGACCUGCAGACUGAACUUUAUACUCCAUUUGUCCCGUACGAGAUCACGACCUUCACGAGUGAUGUGUUCGCUGCGGGGACUGACGCUAAUGUCUUCAUCGUUCUCUACGGACAGAAUGCCUUGUGCUCGCAGCAGAAGUAUCUGUGUGUAAAUAAAAGAGAACGACGCUUGUACUUUGAGAGAGGAGCUAAAGACAUGUUCAUCGUGGAGCUGGAAGAUGUUGGAGACAUCAUCGAGAAGAUUCGUAUCGGACAUGAUAACAGAGGAACAAACCCGGGCUGGCACCUGGACAGGGUGGAAAUCAGAAGACUUUUAAGGAAAGGAAAGGGUUCAGAGACGACUAUAUUCCCCUGCGAGCGCUGGCUGGCGAAGUCUGAAGAUGACGGGGAGACGGUGAGAGAACUUGUGCCCUCUGACAUCAUCACUGAGAAACUGCUGAGAGACGGGACGCUCAAACACAAUGAGAUCGAGGUGGAGGACGCUCUGGAGACUCACACGUAUCAGGUGUCGGUGCGGACAGGUGACAUGCACGGAGCUGGCACUGAUGCCAACGUGUUUCUCACCAUCUAUGGAGAUAUGGGUGACACUGGAGAACGCAAACUCAGUAAAUCAGAGAGCAGCAGUAACAAGUUCGAGAGAGGAGCAGUUGAUAAGUUCAGUAUAGAGGCUGUGGAUCUCGGUCAGGUGUUUAAGAUCAAAAUACGUCAUGAUAACUCGCUGGCGGCUGCAGACUGGUAUCUGGAUCAGGUGGAGGUGGUGGACGUGGAGACAGAAGAGGUUUAUAUUUUCCUGUGUGAACGAUGGCUCUCCAGAAAGAAAGAAGACAAGCGCAUUGAAAGGAUUUUCUAUAUCAAGGGCUAUGAGGGGGACAGGAAUCCUCACAAUGUGAAGAGGAACAUGCAGAAUCCUAAAGCCGGUCUGGACGGCAACAUGAACAAGAAGAAAAAGAAGAAGAAGUCCGUCUCAAUGGAAGAGGGUCCCAUGAUCCCGUACCACUUCACCGUGUCUACAGAAGACGACCGUGACGCCAGCACCACCAGUCGAGUUUAUGUCAUCAUCAUCGGCCCAAACGAUCUGGAAACAGAGCGACUCUGGCUCGAUCUGCCCGAAGGGAAGAAAGACUUUGCUGCAGGAAGUAUGGAGCAUUUUCACUGCUUUGGACUCGAUGUGGGCGAAAUUAAAAGAGUUGAGUUGGGUCAUAACGGAGCGACUCCAGAGAGCUGUUGGCUGGUUAAUGAACUGUCUGUAGCUGUGCCCACUAAAGGGAUCCAAUACAACUUCCUGUGCAAGUGCUGGCUCGCCAAAGACCGAGGAGACGGUCUCACAACGAGAGUCUUCAACAUACUGGAUGCCACAACUAUCAGUAUUAUCAGAAAGGUUGUUUACGAGGUGACGGUUGUUACAGGAGACACUCAGAACGCAGGAACAGACACUAACAUUUAUGUCACUGUGUUUGGGGCCAAUGGGAGCACAGAGGAGAUGCAGCUACAGAAAAAUGAGGACAGGUUCGAGAGAGGACAGGAAGACACAUUUAUCUUGGAGAUAGAUGACAUCGCUCCCUUGAAAAAACUGCGUGUUCGCAUCGAUGGAACAGGAAGUCGACCUGAUUGGUUCCUUGACAAAAUGAUGAUGAGAAAUCUGACCACUGAGGACGUGUAUGUCUUCACAUAUGAGGAGUGGCUCUCGAAGACCAAAGGACCCAAAAGAACGAAAGUGUGUGAACUUCCUGCAGUGGUGGACGACGAGGAGAUGGUGGAGAAAACCACAUAUAUCAUUCAGGUCAAAACCAGUGAUGUUGCAGGUGCUGGUACAGAUGCCAAUGUGUUUCUGAUUGUGUUUGGGGAAAACGGUGACACAGGGAUGCUGGCAUUGAAGGAAAGCAGCAACAGAAACAAGUUUGAGCGCAAACAGGUGGAUGUGUUCAGAUUCAUGGACAUUCUGAGUCUGGGUGAACUGUCAAAGGUCAGAGUGUGGCAUGACAAUAAAGGUCCUGCUCCGGGAUGGCAUUUGGAAUACAUUGAUAUAAAAGACGAUUUUCUGAGUCAAACCUUCCGUUUCCCGUGUGACCGUUGGCUCGCCAAAAAUGAAGACGACGGUCAGAUCAUGAGAGAGCUGGCGUGUGCCAAUAAUGAUAUUCUGGAUGUCAGUGACAAGACCAAAUAUGAGAUCGAGAUCACAACAGCCAACGUUGACGAUGCCGAGACGAAGGAGAACGCUUGGAUCGUGCUGGAGGGAAGGAAAGGACGUUCAAAGGAGUUUAUGAUGGAAAACUCAAAGAAAAAGAGAUUUACGCGUGGUGCCACGGAUUCGUUUGAGUAUUCCUCCAAAAAUUUGGGAGAGAUAGUUGGUAUUUGUUUGGGCCACAUAACGAAGGAGAAAAAAGUGAAGAGUGGAUCUUUCUGGCGCGUGCAGGAAGUGGUGGUGACCGAGAAAGAGCUUGGAAACAAAUAUUAUUUCACCUGUGACGCUCAGAUCCCACUGGCAGCCAAAAAAGAUGAAUUCAUGACUUUUGAGUGUACCAAAACUGUGGAGAGUUUCGCCAGCAAAGUCCACAGUUUGGUGCCGGUCAAAUAUGAAAUUAUCAUCAUCACGGGAGACGUGAAGGGAGCCGCCACCGAUGCCAACGUCUUUAUCACGAUCUACGGCGUCAACGGAGACUCGGGCAAGCGAGCGCUGAAGCAGAAGUUCAGAAACCUGUUUGAAAGAGGACGCACGGACCGCUUCCUGCUGGAGAUGCUGGAUUUGGGGGAACUGUUGAGGGUCAGAGUUGAACAUGACAACAGCAGCACGUCACCCGGAUGGUUCCUGGAGUGCGUGGAGGUCACAAACACCGCCAAUUGGGUCACCACCAUAUUCGUUUGUGGAAAGUGGUUGGACAAAAAUAAAGCAGAUGGGCAAAUUCAAAGAGUGCUCUACCCCAAAUAUUAA